UUAUCAGGAUGGGAGUCUGCCCCAGGUGAGCCAGCAGCUGCAGACCAUGUUCCACCACUUCCAGAGGGGUGAUAGGGCUGCUCUGAAGGAGAUGGCCUCUCUCAUCACCCAAAGAAAGUGCAAGGUCAGAGCCACUGCACUGCCGACACCCGGAGAGACCGAUGAGGACGAUGAUGCAAACAGCGUGGAGGAGAUGGAGGUUGCAGCUACGAAUGAUGGGGCAGCUACAGAUGGGGUCUGCCCCCAGCCUGAACCUUCUGGUCCAGACUCCCAGACUAUUAAGGAGGAGGAUAUAGUGGAGGAUGGCUGGACCAUUGUCCGGAGAAAGAAGUGAAUGGGGCUGGAAAUGGUCUGGGUCCUUGUAUGCUAGUUGUUUGGGAUUUGUUUGUAGAGUUUUUGUUGGAGGGUUGCAGACCUGUGGACUGGUUAUCCCAUAUCCACCUUCUCCCCAUUCCCUUGUCCAGCUUCUUCCAGGGGAAGAAGAGCCCAAGGGUCCUUGCACUUGGGGUGGCCUGAGUGAUGAGGCCUGAUUUCCCAGCAAAGUGCCUCUUGGGUGCAACCAGUGUGAAGAGGGAGGGAUGAGUGGGUGUGGGAAUGACUGCAGGAGAAGCUAAAUGCUGGUUGAUAGUAGGCAGGUGAAUGUGUGAAGGGAGAGAGCCAGCAGGAGAAGCAAUAUUCCUGCUGGGUAAGGAGUGGUGAGA